AUGGAGGGUAAGUGUUUUUUAUCUCUUUUCUCUUGUUUUUUACUUUUUUUGCUUGUUCUACUACAGGCGCCGACUGGAAAUGGAUCAAAUGAUAGAAUGAAUAAUGGAGAGAUAAAGUUAAUAGUAAGGAUACCCAUGAGCGAUUUCCCUCAGUUUGUGGAUAUAGUUUGGGAGCCUUCUCAGCAAAAGUACACGGCAUCUGGAUAUUGCAUGGAUGUUUUCAAUGCCGCUGUUACCUACUUACCCUUCAAUGUUUCUCUACGUGUUUUACCUGCUGUUGUUGACUCAAGCCAGGUUUAUAAAACACACCAUGCAAGUCCAAAACAAAUCUUAACAGAGAGCGAAGUUGUGGUAGGAGAUGUGACGAUCCUGGCCAACCGUUCGAAGUUUGUAGAUUUCACAGUACCAUAUAUUGCAUCAGGUGUUAAAAUGGUAGUACCAGUUAAACACGGGAGGGAUCAAACCAUGUGGACUUUUGUUAAACCCUUCAGUUGGGAUCUUUGGCUGAGCAUAAUCAUCAUCUCUACCUUCAUAGGGCUUGCCAUACUCAUCAUGGAAAGAAACGUGAACGCUCUGCCUAAUCAAGAGGGUUCUCCAAAUCAAAAAAAGCUUUGCCCUGCAACCAUCUUGUGGUUUCCAUUAUCACAAGCCAUUCUUCCUGAAAGAGAAGUAGUGGUAAAGAGCUGCUCAAGAUUUGUGCUGAUGGUUUGGCUUCUACUGGCGUUCGUCCUCAUGCAAAGUUACACUGCUAACUUGACUUCUAUAUUGACCUUAGAUCAACUGCGACCCAGUUUUCUGAACCUUAAUGAUAUAAGGAGAAGGGGUUACUACGUUGGAUACCAGUCUGAGUCUUUUGUUUACGAUGUCUUGAUUGACCAAUUUAAGUUUGACCCAUCCAAACUAAGGCCGUACAGAAACAUUGCCGAGUACCAUGAUGCUCUAGAGCUUGGAAGCCAAAAUGGGGGUGUUGCAGCUAUAUUCGACGAAGUUCCCUACCUUAAAAUUUACCUUCAAGAAUACGGAUCCAAUUACGUUAUGUCUGGCCCCGAAUAUAGAAAUGCUGGGUUUGGUUUUGUAUUCCCGUUAAAUUCCAAUCUCACGGCUUACUUUUCGACAGCAAUCCUGGAUGUGAUUGAAAGUGGAAUAAUGAAUGAGAUUGAGGAAAAAUAUUUUGGAAAGAAUUAUAUUGGAGGAGAAGUUUCGUCUGGAGAAAUAUCUUCUGAAACUCUCAGUCUCAGCUUUCAUAGCUUCUCUGGGCUUUUCUUUAUUUCUGGGAUUUCUACUUUGUUAGCGUUAUUGGUUUCAGAAAGAUUUAUUUGGCAAAGGCUCAUUUUGAUGGCUAAAGCAUUGACUGAGAUUAUGUCCCCAAUUCCUCUUUUCAAGAAGAAAACACGUACUCAUCCAAUUCAUGAUUCUACUCAUGGAACGGAGGCUUAAGACCUUGUCGAAGAUA